UGGGUCAUGUGACCGGGCUGAAACAUGGCGGACGCAGCGAAGGCUCUCAGCGGUUUGUUGAGCGGAAUCGCUCAGAACGUUUAUUAUGAGAAAGAAGAGAUGACGGAGGAUCUGCUGAGGAGGGAACUGUUCCCAGAUCUGUCAGAGGAGCAGUUCAGACUCCUGUUCGACAAGAUGAGAGGCCUGCUGAAGUCUAUUGCCACAGCUGACAUGGACCCCGCCCAGCUGGAGGCCUUCCUCACAGCUCAGACCAGGAAGCAGGGCAGCGGGGGGGUGACCCCCGAGCAGGCCGCCGCCCUCUCUCGCUUCUGGAAGAGCCAGCGAGUCCGUGUGAGGGAGAGCUUACUGGCUCAGAGUCGCUGGGAGCCCGGCCUCAGGGGCCUCUCCUGGAGAGUGGACCUCCAGGCUGCAGCCGGCCGGCCGGACGCUGCCCACAGCGGCCCAGUCGCUCUGGUGGAGCUGGAACUGGGCAGAGCUGGACAGGACUCUGAGUUUGUUUGUCUGGAGUUUGAUGAAGCCAGAGUGAACCAGAUGCUGAAGAAGAUGGCCGACAUUCAGGAGAGCGUGGACCGGAUCGUUCAGCACACCUGAGUGAGACGGUGUGAGACUCUCUCUCUCUCUCUCUCUCUGUCGUCCGGUUGGAUCUGUGGCAUCAAACACAAAUGAGCCAUGUUCAGACCAGAGCGGACUCCAUGUGGCUUUCGCCACUGCCGACUAAAUAACUUAAUAUAUAUUUAUAACCCAGCCCUCUCCCUGAUUGGUUCUUAUCAGCAAGAACUCGACCACUAGCGGUAACUGGAAAGCGAUGCCGACACAGGACUCACAUCUAAGUGCUGCGUUAAGGCAGGGAUCAUCAAAACGACAUCUAUCACGUUCUUUGUGCUCAGGACUCACGUGGAGGAGCUGUCCUAGCUAACGUGCCAUGCUAGCUGUCAACGCAGCGCUAGAGAGAAGAACAGGUUCACCAGCUGACCGUGGGAUUUCAUUUAGCUGAAAUUCAAACUGGGAGGAAGUUUGUGUUUCGACCUUUCAUAACUGGUUCAAAUUUGAAAUGUCCUGUGUGGAAUCCAGUGUGUGAAGUGUUUGUGUCCUGGUCCAGCAGGGGGCGCUCCCUGUCAGCUUGUCCUACUGCUGGUUGAUGACGUGAGGUUUGAAUCCUGUUGACUUGACCAGUGCUUGAAUUCACGUGUCUGGUGAAGAAGUUCUAUUGUUUGAACAGAGAUGUCAUCGUUUAAUGAUAAUUAAUUCUGAAACAUGGUCUGAUGUUAUAUUAAUGAAUAAAUCUACAUGUUCAACAUAA